UGGAUUUGUCGCACUCGCUCUACACGCUUCAUCUACAGCGCGUGGUAAAUCUAUCUUUCGACGCGCCUGAGGAGUGUUUGCCCUAAUCGUCACUGUUUGGUUCUCUAUAUUCAGCAUCACUAUGCGCCACCAUCGCUGCAACUUGUUAUCUAAUCUGCUUAAGAUUCGCUAUAUUUUGAGUCUCAACACUCUCCCUUUCCGAUCUCGUAGUAGUCGUAAGGCAGAUCUGUUAUUGCAUUGAUAUUUUCACAUGGCUCUGAAUUUUCACUGGCUUUAUUUAUGACCAGAUUCGGCUUAAAGGCUAACAUGGAAUCUAUGGACAUCGUUGGUAAAUCGAAGGAGGAUGCUUCGCUUCCCAAAGCAACAAUGACAAAAAUUAUUAAAGAGAUGCUACCACCUGAUGUUCGUGUUGCCCGAGAUGCUCAGGAUCUUUUGAUUGAAUGUUGCGUAGAAUUUAUCAAUCUAAUUUCUUCCGAAUCAAAUGAAGUUUGUAAUAAAGAGGAGAGACGGACAAUUGCUCCUGAGCAUGUGCUCAAGGCUCUUGAGGUCCUAGGCUUUGGGGGGUAUAUUGAAGAAGUUUACGCUGCAUAUGAACAACACAGGAUUGAAACCAUGGAUACUGUCAGGGGUAUUAAGAUGAGCAGUGGAGCGGAAAUGACCGAAGAAGAAGCAUUGGCCGAGCAGCAAAGAAUGUUUGCAGAAGCCCGUGCAAGGAUGAACAAUGGCAUUGCCAUCCCUAAACAACCAGACUCAGAGCCAGAACAACACAAGUGAACUGCUAUCUUUUACCAUUCAUCUAAUCAUCUUUCAGGUGAAGGCAUGAGUUAUUGCUUUGUAGGUAUUAGGAUAUUAGGAUUCUGUCCUGCAUUAUCUUGUACAUAAAUCACUUAGAUGUUAGCCUUUCUCCUUUUGACCUUAUACGUGUAGUUCAUGAAGCUAUGUCAAUAUAAAUAUGUGUCUGUAAUUAGUACUUUGCCAUCAAAACAUUCCUGUAUCAUUGUUAUUUAAAAAAUUAUUUGUCACACGCAGAUACUCCCAUAAGUUGAGCAUCUAUCGUAAUCUAGAUUAUGUUGGUUGGAGCAAAGGCGUUCUUAUCA